UGUGGCUGCCACCAACAUGAAUGAGACAAGCAGCCGCUCUCAUGCCGUCUUUAACAUCAUAUUCACUCAGAAACGCCUCGAUGCUGAGACUGAUAACACCACUGAGAAGGUCAGCAAAAUCAGUCUGGUGGAUUUGGCUGGCAGUGAGAGGGCAGACUCUACUGGAGCCAAAGGGACCAGGCUGAAGGAAGGAGCAAAUAUCAAUAAAUCUCUCACUACACUGGGGAAAGUCAUCUCUGCUUUGGCAGAAGUGGACUCUGGGUCAAACAAAAACAAAAAGAAGAAGAAAGUGGAACACCACAUCCCCUAUAGAGACUCAGUUUUGACCUGGCUACUGAGAGAAAAUUUGGGGGGGAAUUCUCGUACUGCCAUGGUUGCUGCCCUGAGUCCAGCUGACAUCAAUUAUGACGAGACCCUCAGCACACUCAGGUAUGCAGACCGAGCCAAACAGAUUCGCUGCAACGCUGUGAUCAAUGAGGACCCCAACAACCGGCUGGUGCGCGAGCUGAAGGAGGAGGUGUUCCGCCUGAAAGACCUCCUCUGCUCCCAGGGCCUGGGGGACAUCAUCGACUCGUACCGAGCGUCUGGUGCUGACAUUGAGGGUUUGAAAUUGACCAAUGCCAUGACGGGGAUGAGUCCCUCUCCGUCUCUCUCAGUCCUUUCCAGCCGGGCCGGAUCCAUCGCCAGUCUGCACGACCGCAUCAUGUUCAGCCCGGGCAGCGAGGAGGCCAUCGAGAGGCUGAAGGAAACAGAGAAAAUCAUUGCUGAACUCAAUGAGACUUGGGAGGAGAAACUUCGCCGAACGGAGGCCAUCAGAAUGGAAAGAGAGGCCUUGCUGGCAGAAAUGGGUGUAGCAAUGCGAGAAGACGGAGGGACAGUGGGUGUGUUUUCUCCUAAGAAGACGCCUCAUCUGGUGAAUCUAAACGAGGAUCCUCUGAUGUCUGAGUGCCUGCUGUACUACAUUAAAGACGGGAUCACCAGGGUAGGUCGUGUAGACGCCAACAGUCGUCAGGAUAUAGUCCUCAGCGGACAUUUCAUCAAGGAUGAGCACUGCACCUUCACCAGUUCUACUGGUCCAAUGGGAGAGAUUGUCCUGGAGCCCUGUGAAGGAGCUGAGACUUAUGUCAACGGAAAGAGAGUGGCAGAGCCCACUGUCCUUAAAUCAGGAAAUCGAAUCAUCCUGGGGAAGAGCCAUGUGUUCCGGUUCAACCACCCUGAGCAGGCCAGGGCUGAGAGGGAGAGGACUCCGUGUGCAGAGACCCCCGCUGAGCCGGUGGACUGGGCCUUCGCUCAGAGGGAGCUGCUGGACAAACAGGGCAUCGACAUGAAACAGGAAAUGGAACAGAGGCUGCAGGAGCUGGAGGACCAGUAUCGUAAAGAAAGAGAGGAAACAAACAACCUCCUGGAGCAGCAAAGACUGGAUUAUGAGAGCAAGCUGGAGGCUCUUCAGAAGCAAGUGGACAGUUACUACCCAGAAACCCUUGAAGAUGAGGAGGAGCCAGAAGAGGAAGUGCAAUGGACAGAGAGGGAACUAGAGCUGGCUGUGUGGAGCUUCCGUAAGUGGCGCUGCUACCAGUUCACCUCUCUGAGGGACCUGCUGUGGGGGAACGCCAUCUUCCUGAAGGAGGCCAACGCCAUCAGUGUGGAGCUUAAGAAGAAGGUCCAGUUCCAGUUUGUGCUGCUCACAGACACCCUUUACUCCCCCCUGCCUCCAGACCUGCUGCCCCCAGAGGAAGCUAAGGACAUAGAGAAGAGACAGUUCCCACGCACCAUUCUGGCCGUGGAGGUGCAGGAUCAGAAAAAUGGAGCCACUCACUACUGGACAUUAGAAAAACUGAGGCAAAGACUGAACCUGAUGAGAGAAAUGUACGAUCGCGCUGCUGAUGUACCCAACAACACCACUGAAGACGGUGAAAAUGUGAUGACCGGAGGAGACCCCUUUUAUGACCGCUUCCCCUGGUUCCGUCUGGUUGGCAGAAACCCCAUUUUCAACACAUGCAUGAGCGAGCGCAUGAGUGACCCUACUCCAUCCCCGACCCUCUCCAACUCUGAAAUUACCGAGCUGGCUGAGCCGCAGAGGGAGGGUCGAGGGGAGAAGGAGGAGUUGGAAGAGUUGGAGGACCUGGACGAUGAUAUCUUUUUGGACGACCCGUGCUCGGAGCUCGGGGGAGAGGAUGAUGAUGAUGAUGAUGAUGAUGAUGGAUAUGAUGAUGAGAGAGAGCUCUGCCGUGGCUCCGGCGAAGGCCAGGAUCCCUUUUACGACCGCUCACCAUUAUUCAGUGUAGUGGGAAGGGCUUUUGUUUAUCUGAGCAACCUGCUGUAUCCAGUUCCUCUGGUCCACCGGGUGGCCAUCGUGAGUGAGAAGGGCGAGGUGAAGGGCUUCCUGCGAGUGGCGGUGCAGGCUAUAUCAGCUGACGAGGAAGCUCCAGACUACGGCUCAGGAGUGAGGCAGUCAGGCACUGCCAAAAUCUCCUUUGAGGAUAAGCAAUAUGAAAAGUUCCAGUCCGAGUCCUGCUCUGUGGGACUAUCCCACACAGGGGUUUCACAGGAGGAGCUCCGUAUUGUGGAGGGGGAGGGGCAGAUCGCAGAGCUGGGACCCUCAGCCGAUGAGGUCAACAAUAACACAUACUGA